CGGGGCAGCAGCGGCUGCUACGGCGGAGGCUCUGCGCGCCUCAGUCCUGCCUCCCUAGCGGGAGCCCGAAGCUCACGGCUUAGCCUCAACCGCACCCAGGCUUCGUCUGUCUUUUCAAGCUCUUCAUGUUACCCAGCUAAAAGAAGAAAAUGGGCACCGGGGAUUUUAUCUGCAUUUCCAUGACCGGAGGGGCGCCCUGGGGGUUCAGACUGCAAGGUGGCAAGGAGCAGCAGCAGCCCUUACAAGUUGCUAAGAUCCGAAGCCAGAGCAAAGCCUCCGGGUCUGGGCUCUGUGAGGGGGAUGAAGUGGUUUCUAUCAAUGGCAGUCCUUGUGCAGACCUCACCCACCCAGAAGUCGUCAAGCUCAUGGAGAGCAUAACAGACUCUCUCCAAAUGCUCGUCAAAAGACCAUCCAGUGGAAUAAGUGAGACUUUGAACUCUGAAACUGAAAACAAAAACCACGAGCGUCUCAUCCAUGAAGGGUACGUGGAAAGUACCACCCUACAGAUUCGACCAGCCACAAAGAGCCAGUACAGGGAGUUCUACAUUGCCCAGGUCAAGAGUGGAGCUCCCCUAGCUGAGGACCAAGCAAGUGGUGCUGGUUUUUCUGGGAGCAUAAAAGAAGAAACAGGCCUGGCUCCUCACACGUAUGACUCUAAAAGUGGACGCUUACCAGAAGAGGUUAUCUUAAGGGAGAAGGCAGAAGCGGGGCGGCCAGGCACUGUGGUUGAGCUACAACUGUCCCUUUCACAAGAGAGACACAAGCGCACUAGUGCCCCUGUAGUGGCUCUCCUGGGAACUGAAAAAUCUAAGCCUCCUGACCAAGAUCCUAAUUUACAGCAUGACGGGAUCGUCCACAUAAAUUCUGUCCCCACUAAUGAGAAAGGGGAGCCUUGUCUGAGGUCCAGCAAGAUAAUCCAGAUCUCCAGUGGCCAAGAGUUGAGAGUGAUCCAGGGAAGUGAAGCAGGAGACACCGGGCUGCCCCGAGUGGAAGUGAUCUUCGACUGCUCUGAUAGGCAGAAGACGGAAGGGAGCAGGCUUCAGGCAGGAAAGGGGUGUGUGGAUUCUCCAGUGGAAGGAGGGCAGUCAGAAGCACCUCCUUCUCUGGUAUCCUUUGCAGUCUCAUCAGAAGGCACAGAGCAGGGAGAAGAUCCACGCUCAGAAAGGGAUCACAGCAGACCUCACAAGCACAGAGCACGCCACGCACGGCUCAGGAGGAGUGAAAGCCAAUCAGAAAAGCAGGUGAAAGAAGCAAAAUCUAAAUGCAAAAGCAUUGCGCUCCUUCUGACAGAUGCCCCCAACCCCAACUCCAAGGGGGUGUUGAUGUUUAAGAAGCGCCGUCGGAGGGCCAGGAAAUACACCCUAGUCAGUUACGGUACUGGUGAACUUGAUCGAGAGGCAGAGGAGGAGGAGGAAGAAGGCGACAAAGAGGAUACAUGUGAAGUAGCAUUUCUGGGUGCAAGCGAAUCCGAGGUGGAGGAAGAGUUGUUGUCUGACACUGACGACAACACACAAGUUGUGAACUUUGACUGGGAUUCUGGACUAGUGGACAUUGAAAAGAAACUGAGCAGAGGGGACAAGAUGGAGAUGUUGCCAGACACCACAGGCAAGGGGGCCCUCAUGUUUGCUAAGAGGAGGGAGAGAAUGGAUCAGAUCACAGCCCAAAAAGAGGAGGAGAGGGUGAGUGGAAUGCCAAGCAGAGAACCAGAUGCUGCCCAGAUGGAUGGCCUGAGAACCAUGAUAUCUUACCAAAGGAAGGAUGAAGAAUCGGUGAGAGUGCAGAGAUCUGCGAGCAAAAGCUACAUCGAGGUGAGCCGUGGCCUUGGCCAUGUGCCCCAACAGAAUGGCUUCACUGGCUUGUCCGAGACAGCAGAGGCUCAGAGGAUGAUCCCUAUGAAUAGAACGGCCAAACCCUUCCCGGGGUCCGUGAACCAGCCAGCAACCCCCUUCUCUCCAACGCGAAACAUGACCAGUCCCAUUGCUGACUUUCCUGCGCCUCCACCUUAUUCUGCAGUCACACCCCCACCUGAAACCUUUUCCAGAGCAGUGUCAAGUCCGACAGCUGGCCCAGCACAGCUCCCUCCGUGGCCCCAGCCUGGCCCAUGGUCCCAGCCAGCCUUUUACGAUUCAUCUGAACAAAUAGCUUCCCGGGAUGAAAGGAUCGCGGUGCCAGCAAAAAGAACAGGAAUAUUGCAGGAGGCCAAAAGGAGAAGCACGACAAAACCCAUGUUCACUUUUAAAGAGCCCAGAGUAAGCCCAAAUCCUGAACUCUUGUCACUUCUUCAAAAUUCGGAAGGCAAAAAGGGCACUGGGGCAGGAGGAGAUUCCGGACCAGAAGAAGACUACCUCAGUUUAGGAGCAGAGGCUUGUAAUUUCAUGCAAAGCCCCACUGCAAAACAAAAGACCCCACCUCCUGUCGCUCCAAAGCCUUCUGUCAAGUCCUCAUCCUCCCAACCAGUAACUCCAGUUUCUCCAGUCUGGUCGCCAGGAGUGGCUCCAGCCCAACCUCCUGCCUUCCCCACAUCCAACCCAUCACAUGGCACCGUUGUUUCCUCCAUCAAAAUAGCGCAGCCUUCUUACCCUACUGCCCGGCCUGCUAGUGCUCUGAGCCUGGCUGGUCCCUUCAAAGGACCACAAGCAUCGGUAGCCAGUCUGAACUACACUCCCAAACCAUCAGCUCCCACACCAACGGUAAACACUGCUCAUACUGGCGCAAUGGGACCAUCCAAUGAGCUUCCAGGAAUGAGUGGGAAAGGAGCCCAGCUCUUUGCUAAAAGGCAGUCGAGGAUGAAAAAGUACGUGGUAGAUUCAGACACCGUGCAGGCCCAUGCUGCCCGUGCUCAGUCUCCCACUCCAUCUCUCCCGGCCGGCUGGAAGUACUCCUCCAAUGUCCGAGCACCUCCUCCUGUGGCCUACAAUCCCAUCCACUCCCCCUCCUACCCACUGGCUGCUGUCAAGUCCCAGCCAUCAGCCCCACAGGCCUCCAAAACAAGCAAGAAAAAGGGCAAGAAACCCCUUAAUGCUUUGGAUGUCAUGAAGCACCAACCUUAUCAGUUAAAUGCAUCCUUGUUUACUUUCCAACCUCCAGAUGCAAAGGAUGGCCUCCCUGCAAAGUCAUCAGUCAAGGUCAGUUCACUGCCAGCCAUGAAGCAAGCUAUUCCUCCUCGGCCAGUGAAUGCUGGCUCGCCCACUAAUGUGCAGGCCUCGUCUGUGUACUCAGUGCCAGCCUAUAGCUCUCAGCCUUCCUUCUUUGCUGAGGCCACCUCACCAGUAAGCGCCUCCCCAGUGCCCGUGGCCAUUCCCACCUCUCCAAAGCAAGAAUCAGCCUCGACAUCUUACUUUGUGGCACCAAGGCCGAAGUUCUCAGCAAAGAAAAGUGGUGUCACAGUUCAGCAGAGUGGAUGCUCUCUUUCUCUUCCUGGAAGACCAGUCCCACCCACCAUCUCUACAACAUCUCCUUGGGUAUACCAGCCUGCUUAUAGCUACUCUAGCAAACCAACUGAUGGGCUAGAGGAAGCAAACAAGAGACUAACUCCUGGGGAAGCAGCAGCCAAGUCUUCUUUUGGUUUACUGGAUGAUGCCUUCAGACCCAGAAACAUUCAGGAAUCCAUUAUGGCAAAUGUGGUCUCAGCAGCUCGGAGGAAGGUGCUUCCAGGGCCGUCUGAGGAUUGGAAUGAAAGACUGUCCUAUGUCCCUCAAACCCAGAAGGCCAAUAUGGGCUCAUUUGGAAGGCAAGAGUAUAAUGUUGCAUUCCUACCCAAUAAUAGUAUGCCCACCAACUCCCAACAUGAUUCACAGGUACCAUAUGCAUAUUAUAGGCAGCCUUCCAGAAAUGAUUCUGAAAUAAUGUCCAUGGAGACCAGGUCUGAUUACUGUGUUUCGGUAACCAAUUGCAACUAUAACCCACACCCUAGGGGAUGGAGACGCCAAACAUGAAAGUUAGAAGAACUGAUCAUGUGCCACUUAUAAUUUUUUUUUAAUGUUUCUUUGCAGUGGUUUUGACUUUUCCAACAGAUUUAGAUUCACUUUUGAUCUUGGCUUGUUCUCAUAGGUCAUUUAUCUGAGUUUGUGUGUGUGUGUGUGUGUGUGUGUGUGUGUGUGUAUAUGCACAUGUGAGUGUGAAUCACUUCCUUCUCUGCAGAUGCAUAGAGAAUUUCUUUGAAGAAAAAUUCAUUUUCUGUGCUGAUGGCACUUAUACGUAAUUCAUAAUCUUAAUUCCAUUCUUUUCAUUAAUAUGGAGUAGUCUAGGCAACUAAACUCUCUCAAUUAAAAUGAAAUUUAAGUAUUUUCUUGUAUGUGCCUUAGUCUAGGAUGGAAUUAAUGAAAUAUGGUAUGCUAAUUGUCAUUAGCAGUAACAGCAAGAAUAUAUAAUAUUGGAGAAUUUUUCAAUGGGGAUAUGACAAUGAAUAAUAAUUACAUAAAGAGGAUUUCCUUGGUGGUAUUUUAAGCAUUUCUCUGAAAUAUAUUUUAAAAUCUGAUAAAAUUUGGUUUUUGGAAUUGAAAUAUAGAUGUUCUCAGAAAGAAAUAAAUAUUUGAGAGUAAGACAAUUAUACAUUUCAGAUGGAUUUUUGAGAUAUGUGGGGAAUAGAAAGAUUUAGGUACAGGAUUUAGUUUUUUUUUUUUUUUUUUUUUUGCGGUACGCAGGCCUCUCAGCGGCCACGGCUCACGGGCCCGGCCGCUCCGCGGCAUGUGGGAUCCUCCCGGACCGGGGCACGAAUCCGCGUCCCCCGCAUCGGCAGGCGGACUCUCAACCACUGCGCCACCAGGGAAGCCCUACAGGAUUUAUUUUUAAUCUACUUAAAGCCAAUAGCCUGAGACAGGAAUAGAUUCUGGGUUCAGGCGUUCUCAUUUGUCAAAUGAGAAUAUCAGAUUAUUUAAUCUCUUAUAUCCUUAACAGCUCUGAUAUUCUGAGUUUCUCUCAUUUGUAGAAUGACCCUUGAUGCAGUAUGCAUUUUUAUUGCUCAUCAUAUAAAUAUCAGAUUAAGUUUAGGAGUGGAUGAGGUCCCUGGUGUCACUACAUGUAUCAUUAAAGGUCCAAGAGGAAUUGUUGGGCGGCAGGUUUUGUGCUAUGUGUUAUGUGGAGUGAGGGUUGAUAUGAAGAAAAAAAGGUAUUAGUGGAUUUAAGGAAGUGGUAGAGGAUGUGUCUGUUAUUAUGCAAACGUAGGUCAUGACCAUUUAUUUAGUUAUGGAAAGCAUGCCACAGAAGCCUAUGCAACAAGUGGUGCUUCUUUAGAAAGACAUCAUUAGGAUGUUCAAAGGAAGUUAAACAGUUGCUUGGACAAUUCCAUGACCCAUGCCUUGUUAGCAUGACCAUGAGACAAUCAGUCAAACACCUGCUCCUCACUGCCAUACCCACAAAGUAUUAAAUACAAGGAAAUUCAAAGUAUUUUACAUCAUAAACAAGAAUUGAGAACAUUUUAAAAUGAAAACAUCUUGAGUGUUCAAAACUUUCUUAGGUUUCUAAAUAUGAUUAUUUUGUUUUGUUUUACUUUUUUUGACUCUUGAAUUUAUCACUAUGAUGGUCUCUUUCACAGGAUAAAAUUUUUUAAAAUUGCCAGGAUACAAGUAAUCCCUUAUGUUGGAAACAAAGAAAUAAAAAGUUGAAGAAAUCACAGUAAAUUCUAUUGGUAAUGGAGUCACCCAGAUACUAAUUUGUUCAGUUAUUAAGAAGAGUACUUUCUAAAUUUAUAGUGUUAAAUUAUCUUAAAUUGAUACAGCAUUAAUUCUCUCAAAUUAUAAGAUAUAAUUAUUGAUUCCUAAAGAAUUCCUAUGGAAUCUUAAAAAAAUAAUGUCUGGUAUAUUGAUUAAUCUGUCAGGAAUUUUCAGGAAUCCCCACAUAAAAAUUCUUAUAGUGAUUCAGUUAUUCUACAUGUCAAUGUUUUAAGAUAUGCAGAAUUUAGCAGAAAAGAUUUUGUGUGACAGGAUCAUAUCCUAUUUUGUUGCUUUCUUUUAUGAUGCUAGAAGUUAUUUCCUUUACUCCUUAGAUUUUAGAUACUUCAAUUCCAGAAGUUGAUAUACAUUAUAUUAUUCACUAAAACUUUCACUAGACUCAAAAUAGAGAGAAGCAGACAUUUUAAACUUAAAUAUUAUUGUAAAACAGCCAUCUCCCUCUUUGCAUGCACUAGAUCAAAAUAAUCAUGGUAUUAAGCUAUUUGAAUUUAUUCUAGACAUCAUGAAAAUGACAGUACAUGGCAGGAAAGUUAUGCAUUUUUCAUUCACAAGGAAAUGACUGUCUCAUAUUUUUAUUAGAAGUCAAUGUUUCAAGAAGUCAUACUUUGCAGACAUAAUUCUGAAAAGCAGAAGUGCCAUUGUCAAAUCAUCACAAAAUGUAUGGGUAUUUAUCUCCAGUUUACUCAAAAAGGAGUAAAGUUAGAUUGCUUACACUCAAGCUAGUGUUUGAGCUAAGGUUGCCAUGCUGAUAUCUGAUUCCUUUUGAGAAUACCUAGAUAACUACUGUUCUCACAAAAAUAAAAACAGUUUGUCUUAUAUUCCAAAUAAUAGUCUUUUUAGAGAAGAGCUGUUGCUUUGUAAAUAUAUACCACAUGUGUUGUAAGACAUUUUUCUACUAGUAGCAGUCGCAUAGGUACAGAGUUCUGUUCUACCAUGGAUUAAAAAGCAUUCUCUAAAAGUACACUAAUUUGGCACCUCCUUUCCAUCUUGAGUUUAACUAUAUCAUUGCAUGUGUGUGAAGUGUCUGUUAUUAAGAUGAUUUAAAUACUGUGCUGUAUUUUAAGUUUUAUAACUGCACAAUUCUAGUCCAUUUAUCUCUGAAUAUGUCUCAUGUUUUGGCCCCAUCACCCACACUGGAAAGGGCUACACAGUUAGGGCUCAAGCAUAUACAUAUAUAUAUUAAUCAAUUGAAACUUUGGAUAAAAAAAUACAUCAAAUAGGCUCAGUUAUUAUAAUUAGAUAGGAACUGUAGAAAUGUUUGUUUUUAAGAGAAAGUAGAUUUUCACAUUUGAUUUCCUUUUAAAGUAGAAGUAUCUACACUGUCCACACCUUUUCUUCUAAAAUAGACUAUGUUCUCCUGCUUAUUAGCUUAACAUUUCCACCUUUGUUAAUCCCAAUAGACUGUAUUUGAAAGAUGCAUACUGAAAAUCAAAAUUGUAUUAGUAAUAAAUAUUAACUUGAAAAUCAA